UAUAAAAUAGUCAGAAUAGGUGUUUAUAACCGCACCAGUUAUGUGUUAAGCAUGUUACGUAAAACGUAUUCCUUUUUUACCUCCUGUAACAAGUGAUAUCAGAGACUUCGACGUAUCUCUUAUAUAUCUGGUGAUAUCGGGUCAGGGUGAUAUUCAUUUUAGGGAAUUCUACCGUCACGUCCUGGUUCCGUCAUUUCCGGUUAUGCUAGGAUAGAAGUCAAAAAUGUAGAAGCUUUGCUAUGCUAAUUUGCCAACAGAGUAUUAGCUAGCUAGCUACGUGGUAACAUUAAUAGUGGCUUCUGUUGACACUGCUAAUGCGGACGUUGGAUGAUGAGGAUAAUGUGCUACUUUUUGGAUUUGGGUUCGUAAGGGACUUUUUCCAUCCAGUUAUCAGUACUACUAUUUAUUUUUUUAUCGGAGGAAAGCGUAUUUUCAGUAUAGAUAGUGCCACCACUAUUUUGGUUUAAUAAAUUGAUUGCUAGCUAUCCUUGGUUCUUACACUGCGCUUCUGUUAUGGAAAUUAUUGCUUGUAAACAUUUCAUAGCUACUGAGCUACGUACGCCGGCAGACUUUAUGUUUGUAAGAAUGACCAUGGACGUUUAGUGAAUUUGAAGCGUUUUUCUUUUUUUAAUCCAAGAUCAAAGGAAGGUCACAAUAAAGUCUAUCUUAUAACAACAAACUAGCUAACUUAAAUACAUAGCUAACACGGGCUGGCUUGUUAACGUUAGUUGCUGACUUGCUCACUGCGAGCCAGCCAUGACGAUCUGAUAUUUUGGGUAGGAACUUCUUGACUAGUCGGCUAAACGGUUGUACUGGGAUAGCCUUCUACGUUUAGUUAACUACAUAAACAUUGUUUAACUUGGCUGUCAUUUAGGUGCAGACUAGAUGAUUUGUCAGCAAGUUAAUGUUCGCUGUAACUAUUCCUCGCCAAAGGCCGGUAAACAAGUUAACGUUAUAGCAAGCUCGUAAGCUAACGUUACCUAGAUAACUAACGAAAACAUGACCCUUUUAGUCUAUCAACGUAUCUAGCUAGCUGACUAGCUGAGCUAGCUAAUCUCGAGGUUGGUGCGAAAAUAGCAAACGUCCUUUGUAAUAUUUUACGUUAUUAGUAAUCGGACAACUUGAGAGGUCAGUUAGCUAGCUAUCGAUAGCUACGUCUCUUGUGGUUGAACUUCGCUUGCUGGCAAGCUCUGGUAGGAUAGCUAGUGGUGUCAAAUUCAUAUAUUUUUUUUAUCUAUUAAGAUAUCUUGUUUGACUACAUUGGAAGCUUCAUUUUAUUCUGAGAUAUCAAAGCUUUUGGAAUAAAGUUUCAUUCGGCUAACUUUCGCUAAAUUUGAAUCUUGAAUAUUUUUUAACAAUAUCAUCGGAGUUUGAUACAAGGACAAGAUGAAUGGCCUAUCAGUCAGUGAGUUGUGCUGCCUGUUCUGUUGUCCGCCCUGUCCAAGCCGCAUUGCUGCCAAGCUAGCCUUCCUACCACCAGAGCCCACUUACGCCCUUUUACCGGACCUAGAAUCCGGGCCUGUGGGCAGCACAGGCUUGGGGGCGCCGGGCCUUCGAUCCCGCCUUGGUGGGGCAGGCGGCGGCGGCAGUGGUGGGGGUGGAGGCGGGGAUGGAAGAUGGAAACUACACCUGACGGAGCGUGCUGAGUUCCAGUACUCCCAGCGAGAGCUUGACGGUACCGAGGUGUUCUUUACCCGCUCCAGCCGUGGCAACCGCGUGGGAUGCAUGUACAUUCGCUGCGCUCCAAAUGCCAGGUUUACGGUCCUGUUCUCCCAUGGCAACGCCGUGGAUCUGGGCCAGAUGAGCAGCUUCUACAUCGGCCUGGGCACGCGCAUCAACUGCAACAUCUUCUCCUACGACUACUCGGGCUACGGCGUCAGCACCGGGAAGCCCUCGGAGAAGAACCUGUACGCCGACAUCGACGCCGCCUGGCACGCCCUGCGCUCACGAUACGGCAUCAGCCCGGAGAACAUCAUUCUGUACGGGCAGAGCAUUGGCACGGUGCCCACGGUGGACUUGGCGUCGCGCUACGAGUGCGCGGCCGUGGUCCUGCACUCCCCGCUCACCUCCGGCAUGAGGGUGGCCUUCCCCGACACCAAGAAGACCUACUGCUUCGACGCCUUCCCAAACAUUGAGAAGGUGUCUAAGAUCACAUCGCCGGUCCUGAUCAUCCACGGCACGGAGGACGAGGUGAUUGACUUCUCGCACGGCCUGGCCCUGUUCGAGCGCUGCCCCAAGGCCGUGGAGCCCCUGUGGGUGGAGGGGGCGGGGCACAACGACAUCGAACUCUACAGCCAGUACCUGGAGCGCCUGCGGCGAUUCAUCAGCCAGGACCUGGCAGCACAGCACGCCUGAGACCCGCCUGGCGACCCCGCCUCCUCAUUACGCUCCGCCCCUCCGUCAGCCAGGACCUGGCAGCGCAGCACGCCUGAGACCUGCCUGGCCCCGCCUCCUCAUUACGCUCCGCUCCUCCACCAGCCAGUAGCUGCCGGCUCAAUACACCCAAGACCCGCCCCUCCAAAACGCAUCACAUCCAGCUGCACCAGCCUGUCCGCCUGAAGAGCAGUGCCUACAGUGACGGGACCUCCUGUCUGGCAGCUUGAUGGAUGGAUUUCUGCCUUCAGUCCUUUUCCCUGUCAGUACGUCAGUCGUUCGGCAGCCAGGUCCCCUAUAUGUCUGUCUGUCUGCUGAUGUAUGUAUGUAUGUAUAUAUGUAUAUAUGUAUGUAUACAUGUACAUAUGUAUGCAUUUCCCAUUGGUUUUUCCCCUUCGUGUCUGUUUUCUUACCUCCUGGGAUAGUGCAACGAUUCAACUUGUUUUUCUACCUCCCAAGUCUGUAUAAUUUGGUGCCUAUGAUUCUGUCUGUUUUACCGUCUCUCCUCUGUCCUCCUCUGGAAAAGAUAGAGCAGAGAGAGAGAGAACACAGGUAUACCCUCCAAACACGCCCCUUUCGGCUGAUUGACGACCUCUGGCGAGAAUCCGCCCUCGCGUGUGGAGAACGGAGCCCGGUGACCCCCUGCUGUUGGGUGGACGUUCACAGUCUCUUUCCCAGCCCUCUUUUUAACGAGGGAACCAGCCGGGCACCUGUGGGUCGUUAAUCUCCCUGCUCUCUCUACCUCCUUCCCUCCGCGCCCCGCUCGACCUCUCCUCUCAGAUAUAUACCGCCAGAAGCGCCGGCCCGUGAACUGAUUUGAGAUUAAGGGCCUGAGCCGGCGCUCGAGGGUUACCGCGAGGCUAGCCGCUGCUCCUGGGCGGAGGGGGCCGGCGCUGCGAGAACACGUGACCGCAGCCGCACGUUCCCCGUUCCGCUGAGGGAGGGGCUCCGGCACCUGGACCACCUGCUGUGUGGGCGGUGUGAUGGGGGAGGGGUGGCUGGGGGGAUCCUACCAACUGCUGCUGUGGAUCACAAUGGCAAACGACAUGUUCCUUUUUUUUUUUUUUUUUUUUUUGGAAGUCAUUUUUAUGCCCAGUUUUCACCCCAGUGUUAUGUCUAAUUGUAUUUGAAGGCUAGUUUCAUUACUGCCACAUCCCUAUAAUUAAUACGGAGAGUUUUUUUUUUUUACUAAAUUCUCCACUCGGCAGUACUGGAUCUGAGCAGCAUGGUCUUGUGUUCUACGCUCAUGCUAAUUUUGCGCGGGCAACAUGCAGGCACCAGAUUCUGUUCCAGGCCGCGGGGCAGCAGUGACUAGCGCUUUACCUGGACCUGCCUCCUGGAAGGCACUGCGGUCAUUUUUUUACUGUGGGGAAACCUGCUUUACACUUGUUGCAGAUUAGCCACGUGCAUGGAAGUCUUUGGGAGGGAAAAGGCAGCAUUUUUUUAACUCCUGCUACGAAAAAAAAAGAUCCACUUUUAGUAAAAAUUUACUUCAAUUCUCUCAUAACUACAUGCGUGCUUUAAAAACUCAAUGAUGGAAAAUUUGUCUAUUUUUAUAUGUAUGUAAAAAAAGGCAACUCCAAAUCACGAGGGAGUCUUCACAAACCAACACUUUGAGAAGAGUGCUAUGCGAGUGUGUUAGCGUGGGUAUGUGGCUGUGUGAUGUCAUACACCUAACAAAUAUGGCCGCCCCUGUCCCCAGAGAGUCGUAACUCCACAGCGCUGUUGACAGGCAUUGAGAAUGUGCCGUUUCUGCUCCGUCCCUUUUGACACAAAGCACAGUGAUCGCACUGUCCCACAUUAUUCAUGAAGCCGUUCUUCCUCGAGUCACUGUGAACUCAUUCACUUCAGAAUGAAAGCAGGGCUGUGUUUUGGCCGCCAUAAUGAAGGCUGAUGCCGAGAGGCAAAAAUCACCCUUGCGCGUUUUCUUGUUUUUCUUGCAACGUCAAAAUUGUUGCUUCAGGUUUCGUUCCAAAGUGUAACUCAAUGGAUUGCAUUAAGAAAACCUGUGCAGUUGUCCGUUAAAUGUGGAAAUGGCUACAUUGGUAAUCAGAUUACCUGUUGCUGGCAAUUCAUGAAUAGAAUUAGAUUGCCUGUGUUUUGACUGGCUGUUUGGCUGUGUGAGCUAAAGUCUGGGACCAAUAUGUAGAUCACAUUAUCAGGGAUUUGGAAGGUUUCAUUCUGUUUUGUCAGAACCAGACUGACCCACCUAGCAUUGUCACUGUUGUGCUCAGUGAUAAACCCUCCAUCCACUACACUUGGCUGGAUUACUCACACCUGAGACAUUCUGUCAGCAAGAGCCUUCAAAACAGCUAUAUACUUAUCUGAUUGUGCCCUAAACCUUUUUAUUAUGUUCCAAUUUUUUCCCCUUUCCUACUGGAAGACCUUUUUUAAUGAUUUUUUAAUGAUAAUAAUGUGGUAAAUUACAGCAUACUAGAAACACUGCAUAAACUCAUUUUAGCAUCUCAUUUUUUUACAAUAUGGUUGAAGCUAAUAGUUAUGUCAGGCACACGUAUACCUACAGAACAAACUAGCUUAUUGUGAAGUGCUGGGAUGGUGCCAGCAGUGGCCAGUCUAAUGUAAAAACUGGGUCUGUGUAUUUUAUGGUAAGCUGUUGGCCUGGAUAUGAAGUAUUAGCUGAACUUACUGCUAAAGACCAGGAUACCUUUAGGUCCAUGUUCUUGUAUACAUUCAGUAUACACUAAUUCAGCUUAGUAAAGUGAGAAAUCAGUCGCACUUCUCCAGUUGAGAUUUAUGUAGGGUUUGGGGUAAUUGUCUUGCAUGGCAUCUGAUCAUGACAAACACACACAGUUUCAGUACAUGUUUCUUUUUAAGUGUCACUUGGUUGAUUUUGGCUCAAAAUAAUGACUUUGCCUCGGUGAUUAAAUUAAUGUGUGUAUCUAUUUUUUCAUCGUUCAGUUGAUUGAAAAAACAUAUUGGGCUGAACAACCUUGAGAAGUUGUUUGGCUGUACACUAGAAUGUCAGAUUUCAAGCACCAAAGGCCAUUAGGUCGCCUGUUGGGGGAAAAAGUACUGUCCAGAGGCGGAAACACAAAAUUACAUGAUUUUUUAUGCUGUCAAUUUAAACUUUUCAGUUUAUGGAAACUUCAAUAUGGAUUUUUUUUUGGGGGGGAGUGCAUUAUUUUAAGUUCUGUUCUUCUCAGUAAACCAUUAACCUUUUUCUUCAUGAUUACAGACGAUCUGUCCUACACAAUGAAAUUUACCCAUUUCUGGGAGAAAAUUGGGUCUAGGAAGGGUUGAUGGAGGAUUGUGUGAAUUAGGCUCCAGGGCUAUGGCACAUGACUUCCAAGCAUACUUGGCUCUCUGCUAAUUUAUGGUCCUGGCAGAAUGGGAUGCUGCAUAGGUAGCAGAGAGCAGGGAUAUAGCUUUGUCUCAAUCAUGAGUUUAGCUCAUGUGAAUCCAAAGCAUACAAAAGAAGUCUCCGGCUAUUUCUGAACCCCGGGAAUGGUGGGUUUGUAGUGUCCUCUCAAUCAGAACCAAAGAAAACCGACACCCAACCAGAUAUUGUAUCUAAGCAGGUUGGCUUACUAGUAGAAUUGAGCAGUUGGGCACGGAGGAGAGGAAGGCAUUGGUUCUCCCCCUGAAGUGUGAGAGAACAUAAUUUGUAUGAAUGCAAACAUU